UGGAUGCUGGCUGAGCCUGAGAGUAAUCUAAAUUCACACAGCCUACAGCUAUUAAAAAGGGGGGAAAAAAAAGAAGCACAGAUUCGGAAAAAAUGGCCGAGCCGCCGGUUCGUUUUGGAAUCUUAGGCUGUGCAAAGAUAGCAAGAAAACUAUCUCGAGCCAUAACUCUGGCUCCAAACUCAACUAUUGUAGCUAUUGGGAGCCGUUCACUGGAGAAAGCCAUAAGCUUCUCAAGAGAGAACGGCUUCCCGGCUUCCGCCAAGGUGUAUGGAAGCUACGACGGCGUGUUGGACGAUCCGGACGUGGAAGCGGUCUAUAUUCCGCUGCCUACGAGCUUACAUUUGCGCUGGGCUGUUUUGGCGGCUCAAAAGAAGAAACACGUGCUUUUGGAUAAGCCGGUGGCGCUGAACGUGAAGGAGCUGGAUAUAAUUCUUGAGGCCUGUGAAUCGAGUGGGGUGCAGUUCAUGGAUGCUACCAUGUGGAUGCACCAUCCACGCACCACUCAGAUGAGGGAAUUUCUCUCUGAUCCUCAAAAAUUCGGUCAGCUCAAGGCGGUCCACAGCAUUUUCUCAUACGUUGAGGGCCCUGAAUUUCUCAAGAAUGAUAUCAGAGUAAAACCUGAUCUUGAUGCACUUGGUGCUUUGGGUGACACUGGCUGGUAUUGCACUCGGGCAAUUCUGUGGGCUGCAGAAUACGAACUCCCUAAAACUGUAACAGCUUUGCCUGAUCCUGAAUUCAAUGAAGCAGGCGUGAUCUUGUCCUGUGGUGCAUCCUUGCGCUGGGAAGAUGGAAAAGUUGCAACUUUCUAUUGUUCUUUCAUCACCAACUUGACAAUGGACAUCACAGUUCUUGGAACAAAUGGAAAUCUUCGGGUUCAUGAUUUUGUCAUUCCAUACCAAGAAAGUGCUGCACCAUUUUAUGUGACUUCAAAUUCCAGGUUUGUUGAGCUCGCUAUAGGGUGUGAUCCUUCUCCUAAUGAGCAUAUUGUGGGAACGGAUCUUCCUCAGGAAGCCCUGAUGGUGAAGGAGUUCUCUUCUUUGGUUGGUGGUAUAAAAUUAAAUGGUUCAAAGCCUGAGAAGAAAUGGCCAAACAUCAGUAGAAAGACACAGGCUGUUAUUGAUGCAGUUAAGGCUUCUAUUGACAAGGGGUUUGAGCCUAUUGAAGUUGUGUUUUAGUUGUCAAGAUUGUCAAUCCGUGCUUCAUAUCUGAUUGAGAAACUGCAAUUUGUCACCUUGAACAUUUCCCUUGUGUUAGAUUGGUCGCCAUGAACUGUUUUUUUGCAGCAAUUCCUGUCUUGAACCAUUGGAUUCGAUGAAAUAAAUAUCUAUCUUACAUUUUCUAUGUCAA